GAAAGCUUGAGUGAGCAUUUCGACUGGGAAUUUAAGCUCUGUGGAUUUUACGCCUGUUUUCUAUAGUUUUGACGGAAUUUUGAAACUCAGGAAUUCUCGAGCAACGUGGAAAAUCGCCAUUGAAAAGGGUGAAGGAUAUUUUGGACGAACAUGAGACCUAAAUUGCUUCUUUUGGGUGUUUUUGUUGUUUGUGUGGCCUUCGCAAUCGAUCGCACAAUGGCGGAGUUCGAUGAUUCGAUUGACAUCGAUGGCGACACAGAUUCCUCGGAGAAGAAGGAAUCGGAAAGCACUAAAACUGUCAAAAUCUUUGACGGCGAAGGGGACGACGACGAGGACGAUGAUGGGUCUACCACUGUAUCAGAUGAAAGUGCCAGUGGCAGCGGUGAUCCUAUAGAUGCUAUAGUGGAUGUUACUGUUGUUUCACCGUCCACCAAACAACCAGACACCACAACCGAACAGACCACAGAAAACCCUAAUGUGAUAGCAGAUAGCACUCAAAACCCAUCGGAGGACCCACUUGUGGACGAACGUCCCGAUGAGCCUAGCGAUAAUGGUGAAAGCGUGGUCCAUGGCGGUGUCUCAGAUACGGAUGACGACGAACGAAGUGAAGAGGAUACCGACGAAGACGAGCAAGAUACUCCGAACGCUGAAGCACUAACCAAAGAGAAAGAGGGAAGCGUUCUUAGGGUUCUAACUACUGAAGUAAUUGCCGCAGUUGUCGUGGGAGCUGUCUGUGCUGUUAUUCUGAUCGCAUUUUUGGUUUAUCGCCUCCGGAAGCGAGACGAAGGUAGCUAUGCUCUGAGUGAUGUCUGCUACAAAGACACAUACAAACUUCAAGGCGACACAGGGAAAGAAGCCUUCGUUUGAACGGACAGGAGACAAUAGAUUUUAUAAGCUGAACUUUUUUACGGACACAAGUGAGUUUUUCUAGACGAGGUAACUAGUAGUGUACGUAAUACACAUAAAAUAUAGACUAUUCGAUUGCGAGGAGCACAACCUCGAAGAGCAUAACCUCGAAGAGCACAACCUCGGAACGACUUCAUGUCACAACGCAUUACUGCUGUUAAUUCACGUUUCAGAACUAUGUUAACUCGCAGAAAAAGGUUAAAAUGAUACCCUUUUUCGUAACUAGGUUUGUUUUUGUGGUUUUAUUUGAAAGCGAAAUGAGGUACCACAGAUUUAUUUUUAUAAAAUUUGAGGUUAUGACAGGUAGCUUUUUCUGACCGUAUUGUAGCUUUCGUUCAUAAACAUUUUUCUGAAGGUUUUUUGUAUAUGAUACUAUAUGUUGAAAUAUUUACGAUUUUUUAAAACUGUGUUGUUCUUUGGGGCACGAUACAACAUUUAUGAAACGUCUGUAUGAUACGGGUAUACUCAUGAUAAACUGUAUGAAUUUUAUAACACUAGACAAGUUGCAAUUUCAUUGCAGAGAGGUUGAAUGUUGCCUUCUUCAAUGGUAGUAUGGUUUAGAAAAUCACUGUCUAAGGUAAUUUUCUAAAAUUAAUCGACGGAAGUUGACUCAGAAAUCUCCGUUCUAAAGUUGAAUGUGGUGUAAAGGAGAGAGAAAGCAUUCAUUGGGAAGUAUUUAUCGCGGAAAUGUAGCGGAUUUUUUACUAAGUUUGAAAGACAGCAGUUGCGCCUUUUGGCGAUUGAAUGAUUCACAUGUAAACCUCGUUUUUGAAACUGCACAAGCAUGUGAAAAAAGCUGUGAAAUUCGGUUCGUUUUUUGUAAUAAAUAAUCCUUAAGAAAAACUUUUCCACUGUUGGUGUGCACAAAGCUGUUUAUCUGUAUUGUCAAAGGAAUGAAUCUAAUGUGCGAACGGGCGGCAUGGCCUCGUCCGAAUAUUUUGGGGUUUUGAGGACGAAGUGCCUUGUGAUGUUUGAAAAAAAAUUGGCGCAGAAGGCGCUGAUACAUUUACAUGUAACGUUUUAGCAGCAAAGAACGGAGAAAUCGUCAAAAUUGAACGGAAUUUGAUUUGUGAAGUACAGAUGUUGGCCUGUGGUCGCGGACAAGUUAUUAAAAUUGAACUUGACAUCAAAUACUCGCUAAAUAGUCAAAAAAUGCAAAGAUCUCUCCCAAACUGUCGACGUCUGCUAUCUUGCCUCAAAGGCAGAGAACGCUCUCUUCUCUUGAAAGCGGUAAAUUGUUUUUGAGUCCAUCGAGCGAAAUGUUUUCGCUUGGUACACAUUAGUACUGCGCAGUGAGAAAUCCUUUGAAACAUUGUGUUGUGCCGACAGUCACAGGAUAAAUUAACCACCAUGCUGAUAAAGGACUGCCUCCAAAUAUUUGCAACCUCUGUCGGUCGAAAUGAUGAUGUAUGUUUGGUUUUCAGCCUACAGUGUCUCCCAUUUGUGAAAGAAAACAACAUCAGACGCUUUUGUUCAACAACUCUGACCCUAUUUUCAAGCGGCCGUAUAAAAGAAAAUUUCCUGUAGGUCUUAAAAUUGGAGCUUUAUUCUGCUUAGCCUAAUCUCCCUCGCUGGAGGUAAUAUUAUUGAAAAAGGACAGGAUACAGUGCAAAGUUUCUCCAAACAAGUUUAUAUCUCGUCAGAAAAAGCUAUGUAUCUCUCAAGCGACAUGUUAGCCGAACCCCAGGCAAUCAAAAAAUUGCUAGCACAGGGGAAGACAACUUUAGGCGUAAAUAUUUCAACCUUGAAACUUAAUAGCCGUUGAAUUGCUUGGUUUAUUUGCAACAGAGUGGAAAACAUUCAGCCUAAUACAAUUGGUGGAGAGAAGUAGCCUCUCGCGCAUUACUAAAAUAAAGCACUUGGUUUAUUGGU